CUAUCGCCAUGGCAAGUGAGUCCGCCGGAGCUGCCGUGGCUUCCCAGCACGCCUCGAUACCUCGUUCCCGGUCGACUCGUCUGGCAGACCAGGCCGCCUCUGCUGCACUAUACGUGACCCACCCAGAUCGUCGAUUAUCAGUUCGCGAACCUGCCACGGCCAAUACCCAGCUGUUCCGUGAUUCAACCGGACAUCUCGAUCUCAGCAGCGCGUCUGCUUCAGCUGCCAUCCUCGCCCACACGAGAAGUAAACCGUUCGAAGUCUGGAGACCGACUGCGCAGCCCGCUGCGGAAAAGGCUGCCUACCAUGCCCGCGACUACCGUGCUCCUGAAGCCAUCUAUGUGGCCAAAGCGACCCCAGAAGGACACAAGGCCGCGACAUCAGCCAUCAGAGACCGUCGAUCGAUUACGAGCAUCCCUGCAACGCCUGCCGGUGUGAAUCUGGAUCUUCCCGAAGCUGAGCGCACGGCCGGUCUACAGAGACGAGCGAGCGAACGGGAAAAGGCACGCCUAGCCGCGACAGGGGCAUACAAUAUGAGCAGGAGACGAGCCAGCACGACCCCGACUAAACCCGUCGUCCCAGAAAGCCAACCUCUUGCAGCCUCGGCAGCUGGUGCAUCACAUGGAACGGUCCAGGAUCCUAGUGCAAUCAACCCAUUGGAGGACUUGGACGCUACCAAUGAAGCGAGUAGGCUUACGCACUUGACCAACACCGACGCCCAGCUAUACGGCUCGCGUCCACGCUUCCCUGACGACCCGGAGGAAUUGAGAAGAAGAAAUGUGCAGCGAGCUGCGGUGGUUUCCAUGUCACGCGACAUGUACAAUAUUAUUGAGUCAAAGGAAGAACAACCGGGUACGGCUGCAUAUGCGGCUCAGAUAACACAAGGUCGCGCACGCUCGCAGAAGUCGCUUCAGCAAGAUGGCAACAUAAACCAGGCAGUGCAACAAGCACUCAAUAUACAAGGUGUCGCACACAAACGAGCCCAGGAGAAAUUGGCCAUGAUGCACGACGAGAAUGCCGCCUUCCAGGAAUAUUACGGCACGACUCAGCCCCCACGUCCCACCUUGAGCGUUCUUCGAAGAAGAGCGUCCAGUGACACGGACAUGGAGCAAUCCAAGGAAAUCCGGUACCAGAUGUCAUCGUUGCGGACCAAGCUGGACGCGGUGGAUGAGAAGCGUGAGAAUGAUCGUUCUCAGCUCAUGGAAGCUGCCAGGAGAAACGUGGACGCCGCAAUCCAAGACAUGGACCAGUGGGUCUAUACCUCGACUGGUCGAGCGCCACCAUCUGUGUGGGAGAAAUACGAAGAAGCGGCCGAGGAGCGCCUAAAGGAAGAGCAGCAACAGCAAGCUCAAGCGGAAUAUCCCGAUCGAGUUAACAUCGGUACGCAACGGUACAUGGACAUGGCCGAUGUUGAAGCCGUUGCCCGGUCUCGGGUUCAGCCUACUCUGGACGAAAUUCACGACCACGCAGAGAAACAGAGAGCCAAGGAGAUGGACGAGCGUCUAGAUGCGGAGCAGAGGCAAAGGCGUGAAGCUACCGAGCGUCAGAGGGAGGCUGAACUGAAGACUGAGGAGAAGCGGAUGAGAGAAUCCCUGAAGAAAGAACCCAAGAGUAAAAGGUCGAAGAGAGGGCGUGCCCAAGAGCCUCCCGCUGAAAAGGCAGAAACCACCGGGGCUAUAGGAGCCGGAACUGGAGUUAGCACCGGUGCUGGUGCUGGUGCAGGAGCUGCAGAAGCUGAACCAGAAGCACCUGCCGACACCACGACGUCAGGAGAAGAUUUGCCAGAGAUGUUUCGAUCCCAGACCGCUGAAGGAGAAAACGGACUCGUGGUGCCUAGCGCUGCACCGGAAGAAGCACAGCCGCGCAGGUCUGAAUCAAAAUUGAAAAGCUGGUUCCGUGGCCGACGUCGCACAGGCCGUGGAUCCCGGGGUGGACGGGCAACCGAAGCAGCCAAGGAACAACCCCAGAAAGAAACAAGCACAAUACCCGCCACUGGCGCCGGCGCCGGCGCCGGCACUGCUGAAGCAGCCGAAGGAACUGAAAGCGCUGAAGAAGUGGAGGUUACAGGUGGUAGGGAGCGUUCCCGAAGUGCAGCACUCAGUUCGCACCCGAUUACUGGUGAUGAAUUAAACGAGAUGCAGCGUCGACGGUCUUCCGUGCUCAGCGCCGAUGACGAAGCUCCGCGACGGCCGCCUACAAAAGAGAAUGGGAAUGGAAACCGACGAUCCUCCUGGUUCCGGAACAGCCUGAUGAAGUCCUUCUCACGGAAUAGCGAGUCCAAGACGAAUGGCAACGGCGUCGCGGCCGCAGGAGCAACAUCAAGAAAAGGCUCAAAGAACUCCGAGGUAGCCGAACCUUCCAACGCUCGACAAGCUUCAACUGCAGACCGGGGCGAACUUCGCGAAAGUGCCGCCGAGCAAGGCUUGCCUGCACCACCUGCCAUUGGCAAGGAGGCGAGUAAUAGCACUGCUCGGGAGUCACGAUUUUCAGAAGAUCUGUAAUU